AAAAAAGGAGGGACUAUGGCAUCAAACAGCCUCUUCAGCACAGUGACACCAUGUCAGCAAAACUUCUUUUGGGAUCCGAGCACCAGCCGGCGCUUCAGCCCCCCCUCCAGCAGCCUGCAGCCCGGCAAGAUGAGCGACGUGAGCCCGGUGGUGGCUGCGCAACAGCAGCAGCAACAGCAGCAGCAGCAGCAGCAGCAGCAACAGCAACAGCAGCAGCAGCAGCAGCAGCAGCAGCAGGAGGCGGCGGCGGCGGCAGCGGCGGCGGCGGCGGCGGCGGCGGCGGCGGCAGCUGCAGCUGCUGUGCCCCGGUUGCGGCCGCCGCACGACAACCGCACCAUGGUGGAGAUCAUCGCCGACCACCCGGCCGAACUCGUACGCACCGACAGCCCCAACUUCCUGUGCUCCGUACUGCCCUCGCACUGGCGCUGCAACAAGACCCUGCCUGUGGCCUUCAAGGUGGUAGCCCUCGGAGAGGUACCAGAUGGGACUGUGGUUACUGUCAUGGCGGGUAAUGAUGAAAAUUAUUCUGCUGAGCUCCGAAAUGCCUCUGCUGUUAUGAAAAACCAAGUAGCAAGGUUCAACGAUUUGAGAUUUGUGGGCCGGAGUGGACGAGGCAAGAGUUUCACCUUGACCAUAACUGUCUUCACAAAUCCUCCCCAAGUAGCCACCUAUCACAGAGCUAUUAAAGUUACAGUGGAUGGACCCCGGGAACCCAGAAGGCACAGACAGAAGCUUGAUGACUCUAAACCUAGUUUGUUCUCUGACCGCCUCAGUGAUUUAGGGCGCAUUCCUCAUCCCAGUAUGAGAGUAGGUGUCCCGCCUCAGAACCCACGGCCCUCCCUGAACUCUGCACCAAGUCCUUUUAAUCCACAAGGACAGAGUCAGAUUACAGACCCCAGGCAGGCACAGUCUUCUCCGCCGUGGUCCUAUGACCAGUCUUACCCCUCCUACCUGAGCCAGAUGACAUCCCCGUCCAUUCACUCCACCACUCCGCUGUCUUCCACACGGGGCACAGGGCUUCCUGCCAUCACCGACGUGCCCAGGCGCAUUUCAGAUGAUGACACUGCCACCUCUGACUUCUGCCUCUGGCCUUCCACUCUCAGUAAGAAGAGCCAGGCAGGUGCUUCAGAACUGGGCCCUUUUUCAGACCCCAGGCAAUUCCCAAGCAUUUCAUCCCUCACUGAGAGCCGCUUCUCCAACCCACGAAUGCACUAUCCAGCCACCUUUACUUACACCCCGCCAGUCACCUCAGGCAUGUCCCUCGGUAUGUCCGCCACCACCCACUACCAUACCUACCUGCCACCACCCUACCCCGGCUCUUCCCAAAGCCAGAGUGGACCCUUCCAGACCAGCAGCACUCCAUAUCUCUACUAUGGCACUUCGUCAGGAUCUUAUCAGUUCCCCAUGGUGCCGGGAGGAGACCGGUCUCCUUCCAGAAUGCUUCCGCCAUGCACCACCACCUCGAAUGGCAGCACGCUAUUAAAUCCAAAUUUGCCCAACCAGAAUGAUGGUGUUGACGCUGAUGGAAGCCACAGCAGUUCCCCAACUGUUCUGAAUUCUAGUGGCAGAAUGGAUGAAUCUGUUUGGCGACCAUAUUGA